UACUUUGCUCGCGAAAUCGGUAUUUGGCAUGGUCUGAGUCAUCCACAUAUUCUGCCUCUACUCGGUGCCUGCGACAAGGAUCACAACGGCAGGUCCAUUCGCCCAUUCAUGGUAUCGCCGUUCAUGCCCAACGGCACCUUGCUCAAGUUUGUCUCGGAUACAAGCAAUCCUCGUUCCGUUGAAGAGAAACUUCGCCUCCUCUACCAAGUCGCUGCCGGCAUGUCUUAUCUCCAUGGCAAAAACAUCGUCCACGGCGAUCUGAAAGCCGCCAACGUUCUGCUAGAUGAGUCCUACCGAGCCAUUGUCACCGACUUUGGCCUCUCCCGCACGAAGCACACAUCCGCAUCGGCCGCACGAGUCCAUUCCACAGACAUCUCCGGCGGUACUCAUGGCUACAUGGCACCCGAGAUGCUGGACGAAGAGCCAGCCGGCAGCUCGAAGAAGUCCGAUGUAUUUGCCUUUGCCAUCACCAUGUACGAAGUGCUGAACAAUGGCAGAGUUUGGAUCACCAAGCAAAACUCCCCCAUGAAACAUAUCCAAAUCAUUUCCCAGGUUCUUCAAAAUAGGCGUCCCAAGCGAUUCGACGGCAUCCCCGAUGGCAUCUGGGCCCUUAUCGAACGCUGCUGGGCCCAAGAUCCCGCCGCCCGCCCUACCUUCCCCGACAUCCUUGCCGUCCUCCAG